GUUUCAGCGGCAGCGACCAAGAGUGGCAGCAGGAGUUUGAUUUGCUUUGUGGAGAUCGAGGGUCAUCAGAGGGGAUUCGGCUGGACGCUUUCGUGGGCCUUGUGAACGACUCCUCAGAUGACGGGUGCUACUGUUCGGAGGAAGAGCUGCGAAGCUUGUUGCAGGCACGGGCACAAACCACUCCGCCCACUCUGUCCAAAGCCCCUGCACCAGCAGCAAAGUCCGCGGUGCCCAGACGAGCACCCGCCCAGGACCCACGGCACGAACUGAUCGAGGCAGUGUUUCAGCAGCUGGAUAGAGACAGCAAGGGCUACCUGACCGCGAAGGACAUGCGCCCCUUUGCAGAACAAACAGGUUUCAGCGGCAGCGACCAAGAGUGGAGUUCUGAGUUUGCAUUGCUCUGUGAGCAAUUUGGAUCAUCACAGUGCAUACUGCUGGAUGAUUUCGUGAAGCUUGUCAACGACUCCUCCGAUGCUGGAUGCUACUGCUCGGACAGCGAGCUGCGCAACCUGCAGCAGGCACAGCCGCAGAUCGCCGCUCCCACGGCUCCUCCAGUAAAGGCCGCGGCUCCACCUGGACUCACACCCAUGCAGGAUCCGCGACGAGCAUUGAUCGAGGCGGUAUUUAGAGCGCUCGACUCGGGUGGCACAGGUUCCUUGACAGCAAGGGACAUGCGCCCCUUUGCUGAGCAGACAGGUUUCAAUGGCAGCGACCAAGAAUGGCAGCAGGAGUUCGAUCUGCUGUGUCAUGAUCGAGGAUCAACUGGAGGGUUUGGCUUGGAUGCCUUCAUCAGUCUUGUGAAUGACCAAUCGGAUGAUGGAUGCUUCUGUUCGGACGAAGAGCUCCGCAAACUUCUGCAGCCACGGCCACAGACCACGCAGCCUACUCCGUCCAAGGCCCCUGCACCAGUAGCAGCAAAGACAACAGCCACCGCGCGCAGUGCAGCUGUAUCUGCUGCUCAGGAUUCCAGGCAUGAAUUGAUUGAGGCAGUGUUUCAGCAGCUCGAUAGAGAAAGCAAGGGCUACCUGACCGCGAAGGACAUGCGCCCCUUUGCAGAACAAACAGGUUUCAGCGGCAGCGAUCAAGAGUGGAGUUCUGAGUUUGCAUUGCUCUGUGAGCAAUUUGGAUCAUCACAGUGCAUACUGCUGGAUGAUUUCGUGAAGCUUGUCAAUGACUCCUCCGAUGCUGGAUGCUACUGCUCGGACAGCGAGCUGCGCAACCUGCAGCAGGCACAGCCGCAGAUCGCCGCUCCCACGGCUCCUCCAGUAAAGGCCGCGCCUACUGCACCCACUCAAGCUGCGCAGGCGUGCACGGGACAAACCGUGCUGACAAGAUUCUGCUUAGUUGCUGGUCUCAAGCUGUUUCUUUGGAUCAUUUCGCCCUGGCAGGACCCAAGACGCGAGUUGAUCGAAGUGGUGUUUAGGGCGCUCGACUCGGGUGGCAAAGGCUAUCUCACGGCAAGGGACAUGCGCCCGUUCGCGGAACAAACAGGUUUCAGCGGCAGCGACCAAGAGUGGCAGCAGGAGUUCGAUCUGCUUGUUUCCGAUCUGUGCCCUGGCACUGGGUCGCUGCAUGGCCAGGGCAUCUUGCUGGAUGGUUUUGCCUCUUUAGUCAAUGACUCUUCAGAUGAGGGGUGCUAUGUUCUGGACAGCGACCUUCGCGCGCUACCGAAUCGGCUGCAGCCACUGUCGCAGGCUCCAGCAGUGACGCAACACUCGGAUCCACGACAAGACUUGAUCGAGGCAGUGUUUACGGCGCUCGACUGGGGGAGCAAAGGCUAUCUGACGGCAAGGGACAUGCGUCCCUUCGCAGAACAAACAGGUUUCAGCGGCAGUGACCAAGAAUGGCAGCAGGAGUUUGAUCUGCUUUGCCAAGAUCGAGGAUCAGCGAGGGGGUUUGGUUUGGAUGCCUUCGUGGCCCUGGUCAAUGACUCAUCUGAUGAGGGGUGCUAUUGUUCGGACAGCGAAUUGCGCAAUCUUCUGCAGCCACAGUCCUGA